AUGUUUUUCAAGGUUUUAUGUGUACUGGCUCUUGUAGCAGUUGUAUCAGCAGAACAUGCUCACUCAUCGCAGCACAUCCACAAACACGAUGGUCACCACACAGAAGUAUCCUUCAAAGAUCACCACGGACAUCACCACUACGACUACUAUACGCCACCCAAAUAUGACUUUAAGUACGAAGUGAAGGAUCCUCAUACACAUGAUCACAAGUCGCAGCACGAGGAGCGCCACGGUGACGCCGUCAAGGGCUAUUACGCGCUGCAUGAGCCUGAUGGUACUGAGAGACACGUACACUAUCAUGCUGACAAACACUCUGGUUUUCACGCAGAUGUGAAGCACAGCACACAUCACAUAGUACCAAAACAUCAUCACCAUCAAUAG